AUGGCAAGUACUGCUUCUCAGGAUGAAAGUAAAAGUAGCAAACGCAAGAAAGAUAUGGAAGUCCUAGACUCAGAAAUGCUUCAGUGUGCAUUACCAUCAAAAGAACCAUCUUCUUAUUCAGAAAUCUCUCAAGGUGGAGACACCGAUGCACUAGUGAAAGACUUGAGGAAAGAAAUCAACCUUAUACUUUUAAAGUUUGCAAAGAUAUUGAGUGAGCUGUCUGCAGUGGAUGUACGCUAUGUGGAUGAAUUUGAUGACAUUCUUAAAGAAGCCAGAUCAUUGGAAACUCAGUUAAAACAGAAGAGGGAAAGCCUUAGGAACCAACUAACUAUGAUUGCAAAUACUUUACAAAGAUAA